AUGGGGAUUAUUAUCUCUGUGAUACUGCUGUUUGUGGCUAUUGCUGUUUUAGUAGUAAUUCAUGUCUGUAUUGUUAGGAUAACUUUCAACAGAGGCAACCAAGGUGUUGAUAUUGUUCCAAGAAGCAGCAUUGGGAUCAAAAGGAUGACCAAUGAGGAACUAAAUAUGCUUCCUUGCUUUGACUACAUGGCAGGAGAGAAAGGGACUAGCCCUGUGGAUUGUGCAAUUUGCUUGGAAAAUUUCAAGGCAGGGGAGAGGUGCAGGCAGUUGCCUAAUUGCAGGCACAGCUUCCAUGCUCAAUGCAUAGACUCUUGGUUGUUGAAGACGCCGGUUUGCCCGGUGUGUCGAACUUGUGCUAAAACUCCGAAGAUUGAAGUGAGUUUGGGGGAGGAAAGUAGUGUUGCAGGUGAUUAUCGAAUUGAAUUGACAUAG